AUGUCCAUAAACUUAAAUUCUCAUCAAAUAGUCAGUUUAACCGGAAUCAGUUUUCAAACAAAAAGUGUUAUUGGAUUUGUAGAGUUAACUAUAGUGCCAUUGAAGGAUAAUUUACGACACAUUAAGCUAAAUGCUAAGCAAUGUAGAAUUUACAGAGUAUGUUUAAAUGAUACUUUCGAAGCACCCUUUCAGUAUUUUGAUCCUUUUUUAGAUGUUUGUCAAGGAGACACUAAACAGCGUUCUUUAGAAUUUUUUUCUACGGCUCAUCUCGCUGCUGCUAUUAGAACUGAUCCAGAUUGCAAUGCUGGAGAACUUAUUGUUAGCAUUCCUCCUGAUGCAAGCCACUUGGUUGGUGAGGGUAGAGGAAUGAGAGUGGCAAUUGAAUUUUCAAUAGAACAACCUCAAGGCGGUUUGCAUUUUGUUAUACCAGAAUGUGAAGGAACUUUAGUCGAAAAAGGAGCUCACAUGUUUUCUUGUGGGCAUGAAAAUUCAUCUAGAUUGUGGUUUCCAUGCGUUGACAGCUAUGCAGAGCCAUGCACUUGGAAGUUGGAAUUCACAGUCGAUGAAUUCAUGACAGCUGUUUCUAAUGGAGAUCUCAUUGAAGUUGUUUAUACUCCAGAUAUGAGACGAAAAACUUUUCAUUAUUUAUUAACCACACCAACUUGUGCUCCGAAUAUAUGUUUGGCUGUUGGUCCUUUCGAGAUAUAUGUAGAUCCAUACAUGCAUGAAGUCACACAUUUUUGUUUGCCUCAACUUCUUACUUUAUUGAAAACAACUGCCAAAUACAUGCAUGAAGCUUUCGAGUUUUACGAGGAAACAUUAGCUACAAGAUACCCAUAUACUUGUUAUAAACAAGUUUUUGUUGAUGAGGCUUACAAUGAUAUAUCAUCAUAUGCCACGAUGAGCAUUUUAUCGACAAAUUUAUUGCAUUCUCCGGCCAUAAUAGAUCAAACGGUAAUUACGAGAAAAGCAAUGGCUCAAGCGAUAGCCGAACAAUUUUUCGGUUGUUUUAUUUCGAUGCAAAAUUGGUCGGAUAGUUGGCUACCGAAAGGAAUCGCUACCUAUUUAUGCGGCCUCUAUUCGAAAAAAUGUUUUGGAAAUAAUGAAUACAGGGAAAGAAUUCAUUGCGAUUUAGCAGACGUUGUCAAAUACGAAGAAGAAUACGGAGGAAUAAUAUUAGAUCCGAGUCAAGUGCCUAGCACGCAACCUGUUCCAUUCAGUUCGUCUAGAUCGUCAGACAAUUCGAAUUUUUAUUUUCCAAUCAGAAGUCUUCACACUUUGUCGCCAAAGUAUGCAGAAGUCGUUCGGAAAAAAGCACAUUUGGUUAUAAGAAUGUUAGAACAUAGAAUCGGACAAGAGCUUUUACUUCAGGUUUUUAAUAAGCAGUUAUCGUUAGCGUCGAACGCUUCGCAGCAGAAAAUCGGCAGCGGAUUAUGGAGUCAUUUACUCAUAAGCACGAACGUUUUUCACAAAGCAAUUUUCACAGUGACGGGAAAAGAUAUGUCUGUUUUUAUUGAUCAAUGGGUUAGAACGGGGGGACACGCCAAAUUUAGUUUAACAUUUGUUUUUAAUAGAAAAAGAAAUACAGUAGAAUUAGAAAUAAGACAAGAUUCAACGAAUCAAAGAGGGAUUAGAAAAUACAUGGGACCUUUAUUGGUGACCAUACAAGAACUCGAUGGCACUUUUAAACACACUUUACAAGUUGAAGGAACGUCAAGAGCGGAUAUCACUUGUCAUUCUAAAAGUAGGAGAAACAAAAAGAAAAAAAUUCCAUUGUGUACCGGAGAAGAAGUCGAUAUGGAUUUAAGCGCGAUGGAAUUGGAUCCGGAAAUUACAUUGCUCAGAUCUACAAAUAUAGAGCAACCCGAUUAUCAGUGGCAAUAUCAAUUACGUCACGAACGGGAUGUCAUAGCACAGAUAGAAGCCAUUGCAAGUUUGGAAAGGUAUCCCACUCCAGCGACGAGAUUAGCUUUGACCGAUACUAUAGAAAACGAGGGAACGUAUUACAAGGUUCGAUGUAAGGCGGCUCAUUGUCUAACGAAAGUAGCAAAUGCGAUGAUUGCGAAUUGGGCUGGCCCACCGGCAAUGUUGACAAUAUUUAGAAAAUUGUUCGGUUCGUUUUCUUGCCCUCACAUAAUGAAGCAAAAUAAUUUUCAAAAUUUUCAACAUUAUUAUUUGCAAAAGACCAUACCCAUCGCGAUGGCGGGGAUUCGUAACGUUCACGGAAUUUGUCCACCUGACGUCAUCAGAUUUCUUCUCGAUCUAUUCAAAUACAACGACAACAGCAAAAAUUUAUUUUCCGACAAUUAUUACAGAGCGAGUUUGAUCGAAGCACUCGCGGCUUCCGUGACUCCGGUUAUUUCGGUCGUCCAACAAGGGAGCGCGAUCAAAGCGGAAAAUUUAUCAUCGGACGCAAGAUUGAUUCUAGAAGAAAUAACGAGGUGCCUCAACCUGGAAAAACUUUUGCCCUGUUACAAAUACACCGUAACCGUCGCUUGUUUAAAAGCUAUAAGAAAAUUACAAAAAUUCGGACAUUUGCCCAAUCAUCCUGCACUAUUUCGAAGUUAUGCCGCUUACGGUCAAUUUAUAGAUGUUCGAUUGGCUGCUCUCGAAGCAUUGGUGGACUACACUAAAGUGGAUGGAAAAUGGUCAGAUUUAGAAUUUUUACUGAAUUUAGCGGAAUCGGAUCCGGAUCCUUAUUUAAAACACAAUUUGUUACAAUUGUUAAUCGAAAAUCCUCCAUUUUUAAGAGCUCAUCAUCAUAUACUCGAUCGCGAGGAACUCGUUGAAAAAUUAUGGAGCAUUAUCAAUUCUCAAAUGUCCUACGAUUCCAGAUUACGAUGCGAUUUUGUGGAUUUGUAUUUUACACUUUACGGAACGAGAAGGCCCAAUUGCACUCCGACACCGGAAAUGGCAAAUUUAUUAAAACCGAAAUUGGAAAAAAUGGAAUUCAAACAAAUGGAUUCUAAACCUUAUUUACCCGUCAAACAAGAACCUUUAUCAGACAUGAUAACUCCGAUUGCGGGUGUUAAAAGAAAAGCAUCGUCCCCACCUUCUCCAAAAGAAAAAGAACCCACGGUUACCACGAGUGCAACAGACGAACACAAUUUAGGGAUCGUUACGGUUGAAAUAGAAGCAGCAGAAGAAGACGAAAACAAAAUGAAAAUAAAAGAAUUAUUAUCGGAAACGAUAACGGAAACGCUCGCGGUUGAAGAUGAUUCGAUAAAGAAAGAAAUGUUUUCCGACAAUUCGGCUUCUCUACCCGGAAUAUCCGGGAAUCAAUCUGGACCGAUCGGUUUCGAACCGGGAAUGUUUUCGACGAAAGAAAUAAUGGGAGAUUCGAAAGUCGGGUACAACAACGUUAAUCGAUCGACGAGCUCUCAAGGAACGUCUCACGAGAAAUUAAAGAAAAAGAAAAAGGAUAAGAAAAAACACAAACACAAACACAGGCAUCAUAAACACGGAAAGGAAAAAAAUAAAGAGAAAAAAGAUUUGAGCAACAAAUUGAACGUGAAAGAGGAAACUUUGAGUUCUUUGAGUUCGACACCGAGUCCCACGGAAGGAUCAAAAGAUUUUGUUAUGUCGCCGAUGUAA